AUGGGAAGGUCUUCAGAGUGGUCCAAGAGAACUGCUGGGAUCCAGAAGUUCGUAUUAGAGAAAUGGAUCAAAAAGGCCAAACCUCAAGACACUUUGGAUCUAUGCCAACUUUUAAACAACAACAUAGCUGCCACUGUUGCCAGCCACCCCAGGAGGUUUGUGGGUCUGGGGACAUUACCCAUGCAGGCUCCAGAGCUGGCCAUCAAGGAGAUGGAGCGCUGUGUGCAGGAGCUGGGGUUUCCAGGGGUCCAAAUUGGCUCCCACAUCAAUAAGUGGAACCUGAAUGAGCAGGAACUCUUCCCGGUCUAUGCAGCAGCUGAACGGCUGAACUGCUCCCUGUUUGUGCACCCUUGGGACAUGCAGAUGGAUGGACGGAUGGCUAAAUAUUGGCUUCCUUGGCUCGUAGGAAUGCCAGCAGAGACCACCAUGGCUGUUUGCUCCAUGAUCAUGGGUGGGGUGUUUGAGAAGUUUCCUAAACUGAAAGUGUGCUUUGCACAUGGAGGUGGUGCUUUCCCUUUCACAGUGGGAAGAAUUUCCCACGGAUUCAACAUGCGUCCAGAUCUGUGUGCCCUGGACAAUCCAAUUGACCCGAGGAAAUAUCUAGGCUCCUUUUACACAGAUUCCUUGGUUCAUGAUCCUCGGUCCCUCAAGCUGUUAGUAGAUGUCAUGGGAAAGGAUAAAGUUAUUUUGGGAACUGACUACCCCUUUCCACUAGGUGAACUAGAACCUGGGAAAUUAAUAGAGUCCAUUGAAGAAUUUGAUGAAGAAACAAAGGAUAAACUCAAAGCUGAUAAUGCCCUGGCAUUUUUGGAUCUUGAGAGAAAACAAUUUGAAUGACUGAAUUCACUACAAAAACAAACUUUCAAGAAGAUAUUUCACAUUUGUUUUUUAAAUAUGUAUCACAUAUGCAUUACUAAAAUCCUAUUUUGAAUUAUUUAACCUAGAAAUAGAAUAUCCCAAAUACUCUAAAUUAUUCAUAACAAAAAUGAUUCACAAGUGCUUUCAUUCUGAAAAGCAGUACAUUAUCUCACAUGAAAAUCAGAAGUUAUUUUUCCAAUGCCUUUUUUUUUCUUUUUUGUGAUGCUGGGGAUUGAACUCAGGGCCUUGUGCAAGCAAGGCAAGCACUCUGCCAACUAAGUUAUAUCCCCAGCCCUCCAAUGCCUUUUUAAUUAAUUUGGAAGAGAUCAAAAAUAAACGUCAUUAAUUAUUUAUACAGAGAAAGAUUAACACCAGAUUUAUUUUAGAGGGCUCAGGUGGGGUCUUCAUUUUGAUCAAGGAUAUGUAAAUUGGGCCCAAAUAACCUGUUUUAUUCACUUCUUAACACUUUUCACUAGCCCAUAAUUUGGCUGGGAAUGCUUUAGCCUCCACAAAAUAACUGAUGUUCAUACAGGUUAUUCAAGCCAUCAAAGAGCUUACAGCCCAAUUAAAGAAGCAAAGUACAUGUUCAUGGAAUAAUUACUGAGCAAUGCAACAUGAAGGUCAAAAAGAUUUCAGUAAAAGUAAUUCAUUUUGGUCUUAAAUGGUUAGGUAAAUCUUCAUAGAAGUUGGAAUUUAGAUUGAAUGUAGCAGGAUGGAUACAGCUUAUUUUAGGGUUACAGGAUAGGAAACAGGUAGAAAAGCAAACUGCAGGAAUAUAGAUGUGAUUCCAGACCAGAUGAAACUUAUCUAUUCUGGAGAAAAGUUCCAGUCUAUAAAUUUACCAGAAGUUCUUUUAAUACCCCUGUCCCAAGGACUGGGGAUUGAACUCAGGACCCCACACAUGCUAGGCAAGCACUCACUCUAUCAUGGAGCUACACUUCU